CAUGAGUUGAGAGGUUAUACAUGUGUCUGAAAAGAGUGAAGAUUUUAUUUUUGGUGAAGGGUAUGUUUGCAGAUAAUGUCCUCAGCUCAUUCCAAAACAAAAGCGGAUUACAGUUCGGCUAACUACGCGAACCAGGAGACUCAGCCGUCACCUCUCGCACUGCUUGCUGCUACUUGCAGUAAGAUUGGUAAUACUGCAAGUAAAGAGACGCAUCUUGUACAGGAGCAGAAGCAGCAACACGGUGCAUCAACGCCAGAAGUUGUGUUGACACUGGACGUGCCGCCGCAAUUACAGCAGCAACUAGCUACACAAGGACAACAACAGCAACUGCGCCUACUAAACUCUUUGCAGCAGUUGCAUACAACUCAGCCGCAACAAACUGACAACAAUACAGCGACAACCGUGGCGGGCCUCCAGCAGCAGAUAGUGAGAGAGACUAUUAGCAGAGAAGCGUUGUCCAUCUCAAGUCCCUCCGUGCAAGUACAACAACAGCAGCAGUCCCAGCAACAACAGCAGCAACCACAAGUUAUAACACUUUCUCAGCUACAAAACUUUCUUCCUUUGCAACAGGCAGGGCAUCACGUGACCCAUGUUCAGCCAUCGGAUAACAAUGCCCACAGUCAACAACAAACAACGCAACAGGCUUCUCCAUCUGUCAAGGGCUAUGUCACCACUUCCACUGCUGCACCCACUGUUGUAUCAGUGCAGGGUGUCCCCGGACAGUUUUUACAGCAGGGUGCCCAGCUAGUGACAGCUGCAGGGCAGAACCUGGCAUACAAUGUGGUUCAGCCCAUGCAGACAGUUACAGUGGAUGGACAGGAGGCUUUGUUUAUUCCUGCGAUGUCCGCAGGUCAGCAUCAGGCUUUACAGAUUGCUGGUGGGCAGACGUUAAUUACACCUACAGGGCAGAUUAUUAGGGCACCUGGAGUUUUUCCCACAAGCAUACUGCAGAACGUAGCGGGCCAGACAGUACAGAUGACAAAUGGCCAAAAUGUGUCAGUCAGACCAGCAAGCAUGCCACAAGUGGUCCAGUUUCCUAUGCAGCAAACCAUCCCAGUGCAAGUGCCCAUUUCAACUGCAAAUGGACAGACUGUACUGCAGACCAUUCAUUUUCCUGUUCAAGCAAUUGCAACAGCAAUUCCAAAUAUAGUACAGACUUCGGGCAAUCAGAUGCAGAUGUUACAGCAGCUUGGUCAGGUGCCGACACAGCAAGUUGCCCAAAUCAUCACUCCAUCUGGCCAGAUCCAGCAGGUGCAGCUGACUUCAGCGGUGCAGCUGAGUGGCUUAGUACAAGCUCAAGCUCAGGCUCAAGCACAGGCUCAUGCGCAGGCCCAAGCACAAGCACAAGCCCAUGCCCAGGCCCAAGCUCAGGCACAGGCUCAAGCUCAGGCGCAGGCUCAAGCUCAAGCUCAGGCGCAGGCUCAAGCCCAGGCACAGGCUCAAGCCCAGGCCCAGGCACAGGCUCAAGCUCAGGCGCAGGCCCAAGCCCAAGCACAGGCACAGGCCCAGGCUCAAGCCCAAGCUCAAGCCCAGGCGCAGGCCCAAGCUCAGGCGCAAGCGCAGGCGCAAGCCCAAGCCCAGGCCCAGGCUCAUGCCCAGGCACAAGCACAAGCCCAGGCCCAAGCACAGGCGCAGGCACAAGCUCAUGCACAGCAGGUGCAAGCCCACCUACAAGCCCAGGCUCAGCAGAGUGUGAUACCUGCAGGAACCAUCAGCUCGGGCACUUUAACACCCAGUUCCUGGAGUCCAGCUAGUGCUUCAACACCUGGAGUUAGUGUACAGACAGUACCAUCACCAACGCUGGUAAGUGGAGGGGAGCAGUGCAGUGCUGCUGUGCAUUCUGCCCAGCAACAACCACUCUCCCAGCAGCAGCAGCAGCAGCAGCAGCAACAACAGCACCACCAACAGCAGCAGCAACAGUCUCCUCAGCAGCAGCAAUCUCAGCAGCAGUCAGCAGUGUCUCAGCAGCAGCUGCAGCAAUCUCAACAACAGCAGCAGCAGCAGCAACAACUUCCGCAGCAAGCAGCUCAGUCACUUUUGCUUGGUCAGGGGCAGCCUAUCACUUUGACUGGUGCACAAGGCCAACAACUGACUGUCAUACCUGCAUCCAGCCUUGCAGGACUGCGAGCAUCUGCGGGAGGUGGUAUUAUACAGGUUCCUAACUUGCAGGCAAUACCAGUGCAAAACAUUCCUGGUCUAGGCAAUGUGCAGCUGAUCCCAGCCAGUGCUCUGUCAGUCAAUGCACAGGGCCAGUUGGGAGUCCCAACAGCUCAACAAGCAACAGGGACGAGCCUAGCUGCCACUCCUGCUCAGGUAGUGGCAGCUCAGAGUGGUGGCCAGCACAGUUCGCAGCAGACUGACACUGUGGAGGGGGUUGGUCUGGGCACAAAGUGGCAUGUUAUCCCUCACCAGCACGUCGGACAGGCGCAGGUUGUUGUCACAGCACCUCAUCCUGUUACAGUCACAUCAGCUCCAGCUGAGGAUACACCAGAACCACAGCAAAAGAUACGACUGCGGAGAAUAGCCUGCACUUGCCCAAACUGCUGUGAUGGUGGAGAAAGAAAUGCAGAACGUAAGAAGCAACAUAUCUGCCAUAUACCAGGGUGCAAUAAAGUGUAUGGGAAAACGUCACACCUUAGAGCGCAUUUAAGGUGGCAUACUGGAGAGCGACCUUUCAUAUGUAACUGGGUAUUCUGUGGGAAGAGAUUUACACGCUCAGAUGAGCUCCAGAGGCACAGACGAACACAUACAGGAGAAAAAAGGUUCCAGUGCCCAGAAUGCAAUAAGAAGUUCAUGAGAAGUGACCAUUUAACCAAACACAUCAAAACUCACACUAAAAGAUCUGGGGAUUAUGACGAUACAGAUAUGAGUGAAAAAGAAGUUUGGGUGUCUGAUGUUGAUCAAAAUGGAAUAUUUUCGCUGAAACAGAUACAGUUUUCUCAGGAAGCUGCAACAUCAACACAAUCAGUCUCAUCUGAUGGCAGUUCAUCAAAUGAUGAAAAGAUGAUGAUCACUCUACAGACAGAAGCUGAUCAUUCUGAUCUUGCAAUUAAUGAGGCUAUGGACUCUUCGAUGUCAAAUUAAAAUGGUUAACUCAAGAGCCUUUCAGGAUUUUUAUAAGUACAUGAGACUUGAAGUGUAAAUAUGUAUUUUAUUGUGACUGUUAAUGUGAACUGAGAGAUUCCAGUGAUUGUGCAUAUGUAAAGACAGAGCUUAAUGAUUAAAUCACUGCCUUAGAUUUAUUGUGUAACCACUCGGUGGUGAUACCAAGAAGUGCCUCAAAAAUUGUAUAAUGUGGUUUUUUUUGUGUGUGUGUGUGUGUGUGUGUGUGUGUGUGUGUGUGUGUGUGUGUGUGUGUGUGUGUGUACAUGCAUUCUUGCCUGCGAGCAAGUAUGUUAAGUUGGAGAUUGUUUGUAAAUAAAUACUGAAAGUAAUUUUACUUUCCUACAUUGUGUACAUUGUUUUGAAUAAUAUUGUUUUAAAAUCAAAACUGAGUUUUGAACUUGUGUAUGUGUUGCACAGUAUAAUUGUAAAUCAUAGUUAGGUAGAUGAGGUAUUGUCAUAAUAUCUUUAUAUAAGUUGUGGCUGCUGUUUUAACUAUAGUUUCCAGAAAGAGAGAGAAAUUUUCACAGUUAUUUAGUUGUAUAAAAUUGUUUCAAAAUGAAAUUUUAAUAUUUAUGUGUGUGUAUGAAUGCGUGAAGACAUUCACAAAACACUGUGAGUUACAUGUGAGAGAGAAUGGUUUUCCCCCUUAUUGGGGCCAAGGAAUGGCAGUUCUCUAAUAAAAGUAAUUUCAGGGUAUUUUUUUAAUUGUGGGAAUUGCCCAACAUCUGCAACAGAUAUUAUAAGUUACCAUUGCAAAGUUAGCAGACGUUUAUAAGCAUUAGACUCAAACUUUUUUUAAUGAAAACAAAAUGUGAAUAUCUCAUUGUAAUGAAUUAAUUAAUUAUGAACCAACUUAAUGACUGAAAAUUUAACCCUUAUUCAGCUGUAAUUCACAGAGUUGAAACUGGGUCGAGGAAUUAUCACAAGGAAGGCUUAGUUGAGUAAUUUGGUGAAGAUAACUAAAAGAAACAGCAAAAUUCCUUGUUUUUUAUUUGCUUUAUUUACUGCAGUUGAAAUGCUAAGAAAGGAGAGAUCACUGACAUUGCCAUUCAGUACAUCUUUAUUGCAUAUAAAGUAUGUAAUGAGAGUCAGUGUAACAGAUUGAUAUUAUUCAUUUAAGUGCUAAUCCACUUCUUGAUGAUCUCAAGUGUACUCUUAUUUUGGACAUUUGUUAAGUCAUAUUCAUUCAGCCAAAGACAGGAAGUAAUACUGUUAAAUGUGUGAUGGAGCUUUUUGCAGAAAUAUGAACCUUGAUGGAAUUGUUUACUUGGAAACACGGUACAUGAUAUUUGGGCUGGCAUUGAAGGAGAAAAAUUUGUUAAUGCCUGCAACACUAAUGUAACUAAUUUAUUCUUUUUUAUUCAUAUCAUUAACUAAUUGUAUGUGACAUUUUGAUUUUUUCCCCAGUAUUUAUGUAUGAUCUCAUUUCUGUCAGCAGUAGGUGGUACAACAGUAAUAUUUCAGGGUCCAAAUGUUAGCUGCAAAAGUCAACCUUUUCUUUUUUAACAAAAUUUGAUAUUUAAGAGACAAAUUUUACUAACAAAGCUAGCCAUGUUCUGUUUUGUGAAGUACCACUAUUAAGCAAAUGACAGCACUUCGUAUUCUUAAAUAUAUCUCGAGCAGUCAAUUACUACAAUUUUUCUUAGUUGGUAGUUACUCCAUUAAUUUAUGUAUCAUUAACAUCAACAACUUUCUGCACAUCAUGUUCUUUUAACUUUUUAUCACCUUUAAAUACUUCUGAAGAUUAAAUUUACUCAUCGAAUGUAUUGUGUAAAAUGUUACACAUAAAACUGGUUUUUCCUUCCAAACCUUUGUUUGCUAUAGAGUAAUUUGUGCAGCAUGAUUGUUUGACUUUCAGCUUUCAUUAUUCCAGAUGUAGUAAACUGUCACAAAACUUGAAUAUACAGGAACAGAAAAAUUCCCCCUCCCAUUUUUUUUUCCUGUUGAUAUAUAUAACAAGUGUAAAUGUUUCUUAUUGCUUGUGAAGUAUUUGCCAUGCAACUUUCAUCUACUCAGGUCAGGUUUGAUUUAGGCCAUCUGUGAACCACUUUGGCAGUUUUUGUGUUGUGCCAGUGUUUAUUUACCCUCUUUUCCUUUGCUUAAAGAAGCUGAAAAUUCUUUUUGUCAGUCUGUUGUAUCUGUUCAUAGAUGUGUACAUAAAAAUGUGGGAGGUAAGGUGAUGUACCACAUGAUGCACCAGCAAAUGCCAUAUGUCAGUCUGUCUGUAGAAUGCACUUAAGAACAGUCUUAUCAGUGAGUUUUGUUACUUUUGCUAUGAUUUGGUGCUCUUCAGCUCUUGAUUUUGCUGUUCCCAAGUCGCUGUCAAUGACUGAGACAUUAGGCCGUGUAUGUCAGACAGUCUAUCCUAGACCAUUUCUCCCUUCCAAUCUGAAUGCCUUCACAAGAGAUUCCUUUUGGCAUGACAUAUUACAGGACUCUGAUGUCACUCCCGUGACUUUCGCCUGUUAUUUGGUGUUGGUAAGUCUUCGCUUGAGAUUUCUUGUUUUGAUAUCCAUUCCAAAUGUUUUAAGACCCCAAAAUAUGUAUUGAAUCUGCAGGCUUUCUUUAAAGUUGAUAAAAAUUACAGUUAGCUUGCUUCUUCUAAGCAUCUUCUACCUUUGAAUUCUUUAUGCUGAAGAUCUAUUCAGCACAUGAUCUAACUUUCAAAACCUUGGUAGGUAUUUGCCCUAGUCCCUCUUCUAUCCUGGUUUGAACUGCACUGGAUAUUAUUUUAUAUGGGAGUGAAUGGAAUAUUGUCCUUAUUCUCCUUUUGUGUGGCAGAUCACGAGCGCUGUUAAGCAGUCUUCAGGGAUUAUUUAUAUUUUCCACUUUACUGUGGAACUUUGCUGAUUUUAUGAAAGUUUCCUCUUUUCAAAAUGCUUUGUGUUCUACGUAAGUAUUUUAUGUUUGAAUUGUUGGGUAGUUUGAGCUGUUAUACCAGUCAAGGCACACAAAUUAUAUAAAAUUUCAUUUUAUCUAGUUAUUUUGUGGAGACUUUCAUUGUCAUUUAUCGUUCCCAUAAUAGACUUGAAAUUGAGGAAAUAACUUUCCGAAAAUUUGAUUCUUUGUCAAACAAUAUCAUUAUACAUCACUGAAAACCCACCAGGAAAACAGAAUCUGAAGGUGCACAGUCCUACUUAUGUUUCACAAUGACUUAACAUUGCAUGUGAUAAAUUAUUUUCUUCCCUACUAAGAUCCUUCAGUUGAUGAACUUUUGCUUCUACUUAUCUAUGCUGUCUCUCCUGGUUUAAAGCCAAUUCAUACAAUCUAAAGAAUUUUAAAAUGUUUUCUUCAGAAUUUCUAUUCUUGCCAAAGACUGCUAUGGCUUAUCCCAGAAAUAAUGUGAAAGUUUGGCUAAUGGUUUGUCACCAUGCAUGGAAUGCAGUGUAUAGAAGGUAGUCAAAUCUGUACCACUAGGUUUGUCAAUGUAUUUACAUCAAUUUAUGAUGCAAUCUUCAGAAUUUUUUUUUUUUUUUAAAUUGACAAUCCAUCAUUUAGUGUAAUUUGAAUUGUGAAAACAUUGUGGCUCUUUAAUGUUGUCCCUGUUACAAGCAUCGUUAAAAUUUGCCAUUUUAUAUGCAUUACACUUAAUGUGCUGAAUGUGCCCAAUAGAUUUGUUACAUGCAACAGCAAAUUAGACUUAUAUUGUUCCUGAAUAAUUUUAUAAUGUUUAUGCAAUGAUUGUUUCAGUGCACUUGUGUAUUGUAUGAAUAGUUUAAUAUAUGUGAGACUUUACCAAGCAGUCACAGUCAAAGAGACUGAGCAGUAUCUUAUUUUAAUUGUGUUGUGUAUUAGAAAGUACUUUACUGUAUUUGUCAGUACAAAGAAAAAUUACUUUAUCUAAGUUGUGGAAAAGGCUUAUGAGAAAUUUAAAGUUUAUCUGUCUUAUGAGAAUUUUAUUGGUGUCUUUCUGUACUGAGAUAUAUACUGUUCAUAGUCUAAUUGCUGAAAUAUUCUAUAAUUUCCAGAUUAUUGCAGUUCACAAAACUGUAGGUGUCAGGUUUUGUAAGUCAUAAAAAAUAUAUCUAAAUACCUGUUAAAUGAUGAAAAUAAAUUAUUUUUGUACUUAAAUGUAUUUAUAAAAUAUUAACUCUUGAACAUAGGCAGAUAAAGCUUU